AUGGCUCAAACAACAUGUGGUGAAGCUGGGGCCAUCAACGGUCUUCAAGAAGUCGAUAUCACAGAUCAUGAUAUCGAGCAGCUACUUUUCGAGGCGGAAGGCCGAUUACGUGCUCAAGAUGUGAACUCCACUAACAUCCCUGAUACCAGAGAGGCAUCUGGUGAUCAGCCCCAGCACACUUUGUUGAGCAUUCCUAAGUUGUCCUCUGAUUGUUCCCUGCAGCCUUACGUCCUGCAGAAGGGGGAUAUUGCGACAAUCGGUAACACACGCGUCCUAACGAACGUGCAGGAUGCAAAGAAUGGUCUUGGCUACAAGGAGCCCAAGCAACCGGAGGUGAAGAAGGAUAAACCUACGGCUGGCAACAAUUGGUUCGACCUUCCUCAGACAGAUUUGACACCAGAAUUGAAAAGGGAUUUACAAUUGCUCAGAAUGCGGUCGGUACUGGAUCCCAAGAGACAUUACAAGAAGGAAAACGGUAAAGCACAGCCGCCUAAAUACUCUCAAGUGGGAACUAUCAUUGAAGGUCGAACCGAGUUCUUCAGUAGUCGUAUUGCCAAGAAAGACCGCAAGAAAACUUUCGUGGAAGAAGUCCUAGACCAAGAGCGGCACAACAGGCGAUUUGAGUCUAAAUACAGAGAAAUACAAACCAGCAAGCAGAGUGGCAAGAAAUCCUUUUACAAACAUCUGCAAGCCAAGAGAAGAGCAAAAGGCAAGUGAUAAGACCGAUGCUACUCCUACAGGGAUAGUUCUGGAGGCCGUUAUAUUGUGAGACUCUUGAACCAGUCCUGGCAUGCUUUUAGGCAUGGCCAAAUGAACGGUUCGCAAUAAACUC